GGAGGGGCGGGGGGCAGCGCGGCGGCGGGCGGCGGCAGCGGGAGCGCGGGGCGGCGGCGGGGCGGCGGGGGCCGCGCCGCGCCAUGGCCCAGCAGCAGAUGAGCAGCUCGCAGAAGGCGCUGAUGCUGGAGCUGAAGUCGCUGCAGGAGGAGCCGGUGGAGGGCUUCCGCAUCACCCUGGUCGACGAGUCCGACCUCUACAACUGGGAGGUGGCGAUCUUCGGGCCCCCCAACACCCUCUACGAGGGCGGGUACUUCAAGGCUCACAUUAAAUUUCCUAUUGACUAUCCAUAUUCACCACCUACCUUCAGAUUCCUCACCAAAAUGUGGCACCCCAACAUUUAUGAGAAUGGAGAUGUAUGUAUUUCAAUUCUUCAUCCACCCGUAGAUGACCCACAAAGUGGAGAACUGCCAUCCGAGAGGUGGAACCCCACCCAAAAUGUCAGGACUAUCUUACUGAGUGUGAUCUCUUUGCUUAAUGAGCCCAACACAUUCUCUCCUGCCAAUGUGGAUGCGUCAGUCAUGUUCAGGAAAUGGAGGGACAGUAAAGGAAAAGACAAGGAGUAUGCUGAAAUCAUAAGGAAACAGGUUUUGGCCACCAAAGCUGAGGCAGAGAAGGAUGGCGUGAAGGUCCCCACUACACUGGCAGAGUACUGCAUCAAAACUAAAGUGCCUUCCAAUGACAACAGUUCAGAUUUGCUUUAUGACGACUUGUAUGAUGACGACAUUGACGAUGAAGAUGAGGAGGAGGAGGAUGCCGACUGUUACGAUGAUGAUGAUUCUGGCAAUGAGGAGUCGUGACCUGCUCCCUCUAAGCCCCUGUACUGCCCUGCCGACUCAGGCCAGAAGGGAGCAGCGGUAACCUAGCAGCAGUCCAGCAAAAAAGUGGGGGGGGGGGGGGGAUCAAAACUUUUUGUCUCCUGCUGUCUCCUGUUGUAUGGAUCUGUUUGCUCCUUUUUUAUGGACCUCUUAGAGACCCUCCACAGAAUGUCUGAAUUCUUGCAUUCUUAACCCUUUCAUCACUGUAUUAUGAUUUCUUUUUAAAAAAGAAACUCCCCUUUUCACUUCUCUUCGAAAUGCUCACAGUGAAACAGGUUUGCUCGCGUUUAGUUUCUUGAAUUAAAUACAGUCUUGCAUUGAGAUGUGUAAUGUAUUUAAAGCUGGAACAAACCCAUUGGAGGCUGAGUUUUCGGGAGUUCAAGUGCUGCAUUUACUGGGAAGAAAAAAAAAAAUCCACACAAAGCAAAUUGCCAAGGUUUAGCUGCUCCAUUUACAAUAAUAGCGUGUGUACAUUCGUUUAGCCUUGUGGUGGUGGCUUUUCCUUUAUAAGGUGUGGGGCGGAGAGUGUAAAGCUACUGUGUGUUGAGCUUGAUGGGAUGUCACUGAAAGGUACAGUAUUCCUUUUCAGCCUGCUCAAGUUAGAAAAUAGCUGGCCCCUGGAGCCCCAGAGGGCACAGUCAGCUUUGUCUCUGAAAAAGGCUUGUGAUAUGAACCCUAAAAUAAACAAUUAACACUUCACAUCUGUACAACUGAGCCCUGGGUUGCUAUCCAAUUUUUUUUUUUUUUUCAGACUAGGUUGGGGUUGAAAAAGUUGAGUUUAGCUGCUGAGAUCUGCUGCCAGCUGCCCCUCUCCAGAUGGAGGAGAACAGAUGUUGUCUCCUGCUGCCCAGCAGGCCAGCAUUCAUCCUGAACCUCUUUUUGGCAGUGGGAGAGACCAACAGCCGCCUGCCCCAGUGCUCGUGAGCAGCACUCGCUUCCUGCAGCCCAAAUCCAGUGCUGGCCUGAGCCUUCUUCAUGUUGCAUAUGUAGGUCACCCGUUGGUAGGCGCAGCUCUGGUGCAGUCCUGCAGCGUUGGCAGAAGUCAGCCUUUAGUGCCUGCCUGGGGUGGCCAGGCUGUCGCUGUGCCCGCAGUGGCAGCUAGGGUGUGGGGCAGAGGGGGUGGGGGUGUGCUGGGCUCUCCCCUGCCUGGCUGGCUGCUGGGGCACGGGUAAGCGUGCGCAGCCCCCCAGGAGAGGGGUACAUAGAGCUUUCAGGCUGGAAGAGAAGGCCAGCAGCGGGGUUUGACAGGCUAUUUAGCAGCAUGCUUCAGCUGGUGCACUGAGCUUGGCCUCCUGCAUGUUUUUGGGAGCUCUUGGCAGAGCUUAGGGGCCUCCCUCCUGUCUGCUGAAUCCUCUUCCUCAGUCCCUCAGCAUCCUCACCCUGUUGUAGUGUACUCUUGUCCAGCUGUGGUGCAGUGGCCUGAAUUCACCUUUUGCAUGAUCCCUUGAUCAGCAGCCAGCCCUGCCCUCCUGUGCUGAGCCCUGGCACCCUCAGGAGCAGAUCUGAAGCUCUGGCCCUGCUUGGGUGACACUCCAGUCCCACAGGUACAGCAGCAGUUACCCUGAUAAGAGCUGCAGGCUCAGGCAUUAGUUUAUGCCUCCCCUUUGUAUAUCUCAGGGUUUUCAAUGGUACGUCACCAGCUGUGGUCCCUUGGGGGUGCUUUGGUGGGAGUCAGUUUUGUUCUGCCAUCAGCUUGGUGGCUGUGUCCUGGGAUGACAGUGAGCAAGUUUAGAGUGCGUUGCCCGGGGUGGAGAGGAGGGGAGGAAGGCUGGUGGGGCUCUACCUGAAGUGAGCAAGGCAGAUGUGUUUUCAGAAUGUUGCUUGGUUGGCAUUUGCUGCAGCAGGGACAGUCCCUGCUCCUCUGCGCCCUGCAGAGCAGAGGCAAGGCCAGGUGGUGACACCUUGUCCCCCAGCGCUCCCCGCAAUGGUCUGCCCUCCUGCUUGCAUGUUACCUGGGGAGGUGGCUGGGCCUCUCCUGAAGCGUCCCACGCGGGCUGCCUCAGCUUGUCCUUCCAGCAAGGACUGAUGCAGCCCCUGGUGUCUUUUGGAGCUGGCAGCGGGGCUCCCCUGUGUCUAGUGAUGGGUUGGGGCACCCCCCAGCCUCACUCCAGCCUGUGAGCAGUGCCAGUGCUGGCAGGUGGGUCCUUGGGCCUCCUGGCUGCAGGACUGGUCUUGGGGCCGCACCAGGACAGGGACACCAACGUCCACCUUUUGUGGGGGUGAAGGAGCGGAGUAUGGCAGUGCUGGCUGUGUUGAUGACUUGGUUUGAAAUGAGGAUACUGCAUCUUUCAGGAUUUCCCUUGUACUUUUGACCGUCUUCACUGUAUACUCUCCAGUGACUUGUAUUUUCAAGCUUGGUGUUGUAAGAUGCAUUAUCAUGACUCUUCUGUUACCCUUUUCUAAGGACAAAAAGCAACCUAUUUUGAGAGCUCCCACAUUAACCAGACUAAUUUCUCUUCCCCACUGUCCCAUGCAGUGUCAUUGCUUGUUGACUUGCUGGUUUCUUUUUUUUGGGAUACAAACUGAAGUAUGAGGGGUUGUUUGUUUUUUUUUUUUUUUGAAACUAUUUAAGAGAUUGCAGAAAAAUGUUUACCUGAUCUGUGUAUUCUGAUGUAUUUUCUUAACCCUCUUCUCCUGUCUCAGCCAAUACUAGCGUUUACAUUUGCAACUACAAGCCCCUUCAAAUGCAGUUUUCAACCAUUCUGAAACCAGCAGGGUACACUAGAUUUCUUAGUAGUUUUCUUAGCUGAAAUGCCAGAUGUUUUCUUUUUUUCUUCAGUAUAAUUUACCAGAAAGAAUUAACUGAUGCAUUUUUGUGUUGUCUUUCCCUUCAGUAGUUAUAUUUUGUCUUUUCUGCACAUCUGUCUACUAAUAAAAAUGUGAAACGAAA